GACUCAGCUAAGUCUCGGGUCAUCUCCAAGCCCAAAAACGAAGAAAAUCUUCUCUUCAAUUUGAACUAGAUCUCAGUUUCUUCCAAUUAAUUUCAAAUUUCUGCACGAUUUCCGGUAAUAUAUUUACCUUCUUUUUAUGUUGUAGCGUUUCUUUGGUGGUCAAGCGGAUAAGGGAAGCUUCACAGCAUUAUCUCUUAGUUUCAAUAUAUUUUGAAGCUAAGACAUGGCAGAAAAAGCAUGUGUAAAGCGCCUUCAGAAGGAAUAUAGAGCACUUUGUAAAGAACCCGUCUCCCAUGUUGUGGCCCGCCCUUCCCCGAAUGAUAUCCUUGAGUGGCAUUAUGUUUUGGAGGGGAGUGAAGGAACGCCAUUUGCAGGUGGAUAUUAUUAUGGGAAGAUCAAGUUUCCUCCAGAAUAUCCGUUUAAACCUCCAGGGAUAAGUAUGACUACUCCAAAUGGAAGAUUCAUGACACAAAAGAAAAUCUGCUUAUCUAUGAGUGACUUCCAUCCAGAGAGUUGGAAUCCGAUGUGGUCUGUGUCAAGCAUACUCACAGGACUUCUCUCAUUUAUGAUGGACAAUAGUCCUACCACAGGCAGUGUAUCGACAACAGUUGCUGAGAAAGAGAAGCUCGCAAAGGCUUCUCUGGCUUUUAAUUGUAAAAACCCAACCUUUAGGAAAUUGUUUCCAGAAUAUGUCGAGAAGUAUGAACAGCAGCAGCUCCCAACGCAGCCUGUUCCAGAGCAGGUAUCAUCCGUGACAGCUCGAGCAGAACAGUCUAGACCCUUGUUGGAAGAGCAUGACAAUUCCACAAAGGAUGAAGUGAAUCGAGUGAAUCCUCUAAAAGACGCGAAUAACCAACAGAGGAAAUCUUUCCCAACUUGGUUGCUGCUGUUGCUAGUUUCAAUUUUUGGUGUUGUAAUGGCCCUGCCUCUGCUUCAGCUUUGAUGACUGGAAUCUUGUGUUAUUCGCUACAGUGAAGUACAGAGCACCCUAAAUCGCAGUAAUAUGUU